GAGAUAGUUCAGGUUUCAUUUGAUCUUGGACUCUCAUCCUCUUUCUGGCAGUCCAACUCAUUUCAAACGAAUCAUUUCCUUUUCCUGUCCAUUUUCUUCACUGUUCAGCUUUCACACCCAUACGUGGUGUUUGAAAAUACAAGAGGGUGGCCGAUCUUGGUCGUGGUCUCCACUGACACGUCCUGACACUUUUAUGCUCUUUUGUAAUUUCUUUCAUUGCUGCCUUUCCGAAUCUCAGUCUUUUUGUCCGCAUUCUCCGUUUGGCUUGAUGACUGAAGGUAUACAAAAUUUCAGUUUUUUCAUUAUCGAUGGAAAAAGCUGUGUAGUUCUUCGGUGGUCGUGAUUUUUUUCUUCUUCCGACUGCACUCCUGCGGGAGUCGAACGUUAGCUUCCAUUUGUGACAUUUUAGUAAAAGGAUCAGCCCCCUCCCUUGCCUUCGGGUGACGUGAAUAUCCUUCUGCCCCUUUAAAGCUCCCCACAGUUGCCACUGGUGAACCUCUCUACCUCUUCCUCUCCCUUCUGCUGGCGGAUCCAGAAUGCUGUCUGGCUUCAGGUUGCGUCCGGCAGAGGAACCGUAUUGGCUCUUUCCGUUUAUGGAACAUGAGGUGCGCCAAUGAGAAACCUCCUUUCUCCCUCCCCUAGCCAACCAGCUCUUUCCUUCCUCCUCUUCCUCGCUAAUUCCCCGCCCAGUAGAGCUGUAAAGAGGUCAGCGGGCGCUCAGAUGCAGGAAAUGGGAUGAUCGCGGCUCGGCUGUGCUUGGCUUCUUGCAUCUUUGUUGCUUCCGACGUUCCUCCUGCAGAGUCCGUAUCCUGAGCUUUGCUUCUUUGUUCUCCUCGUCCCAGUUCUGCAUUGCCUGAUGGAGGGUCAACAUGUAAUGGCUCAAGUCCAUAUCCAGACCCCAAUAUCCUCAUCCUCGUCGUCUUCCUCAGUGGCUGGGGAAGAAUCCAGGAAGCUGCAGAAUCCAGUACGAGCUGCGGCCCGAGAAAGAAUGGCGGGAGGCCGUCUGCUGGACAGUCAUAGCUUGGAUGGGAUAAGCCAGGUUUACGGGACAUCCAAGGCUCAGGAAGGAAGGAGGGCUACAAUCUCAAGCGCCUUGGAGUUGGAAGGGACCGUGAGCCAUGAUGGGGAUUUGACGCACUUUGUGGCCAACAACCUGCAGAUCAAGAUCAAGAUGAGCUCCCGGGGCAGUCUGGAUAACACUGAGCCCACCACCUCCUCAUCGGUGUCAUCACAAUUGUCUAUUAGAGGGAAAAUUGCAGAUAUACCAUCCAUAGACCCCCAGGUAGUUCAAGACCUGGAAAGGCUCACUAGAGACGUGGCGCAAAAAGUGGACCAGAUGCUGAGAGUCUUGAACAGUGCCAUCCAGAACAUGACAGCUCUCAGCGUGGGAUACAUCCAGACUUACCGAGAUGCAGUGGACAGUUUGGGUGAAUCAGUGGACAUGAGCAUCAAAGGGAUGUACACUCUGAUGGCAAGAUGUGAGGAGCUGGACCGCUCCAUGCAGCCUGUUCACACCCUUGCUAAACAGAUCCGGGAGAUUAAGAGGACACUGGAGAUCUUUGAGGCACUUUGCAAGUAGUGCAAUCGUUUCACACAGUGGUGGGAAGAAAAAUGGGGUGGACUCUUGAUGUACAGUGAUUCAUACUCUAAAAGGGAACAUUUAUGUGUGGUUUUUCUUGCACUAUAAUAAAUGAAUUAUGACAGUGUUUCUCAAACUUUAUAAAAUCUAGCCCCUUCUACAUUUA